AUGGAUCUUGAGGCAGCAAGGAACGGAACAGCGCGGCGCCCCGGGACAGUGGAGGGUGACUUUGAACUAGGCAGCAUCAGCAACCAAGGCAGAGAUAAAAAGAAGAAAGUGAAUUUAAUUGGACCAUUGACACUGUUCCGCUACUCUGACUGGCAGGAUAAAUUGUUUAUGCUCCUGGGCACCGUCAUGGCCAUAGCUCAUGGAUCAGGUCUUCCCCUCAUGAUGAUAGUCUUUGGAGAAAUGACAGAUAAGUUUGUAAAUAAUGCUGGGAACUUCUCCUUGCCAGUGAAUUUUUCAUUGUCGAUGAUAAAUCCAGGAAGAAUUCUGGAAGAAGAAAUGACUAGAUAUGCAUAUUACUACUCGGGAUUAGGUGGUGGAGUUCUUGUUGCUGCCUACAUCCAAGUUUCAUUCUGGACUUUAGCAGCUGGCCGACAAAUAAGGAAAAUCAGGCAAAACUUUUUUCAUGCCAUCCUCCGGCAAGAAAUGGGCUGGUUUGACGUCCAGGGCACCACUGAACUCAAUACGCGGCUGACAGAGUAA